CAGAGUUCCGUGACCGCCUCCUGAGGGAAAGCGCCAGGAGCUCUGCAGCGGAGGCCUCACGGUUGCCGGCUCACCUGCCCGGCUGUGACGCUGGCGUCUCUCUCCUCUUAGUUUGCUACCGUAUAUAAAGCGAAGGACAAGAACACCGACCGAAUCGUGGCUAUUAAAAAGAUUAAGCUGGGGCAUAGAUCAGAAGCUAAAGAUGGAAUCAACAGAACAGCCCUCAGAGAGAUAAAAUUGUUACAGGAGCUAAGUCAUCCAAAUAUUAUUGGUCUUCAAGAUGCAUUUGGACACAAGUCCAAUAUUAGUUUGGUAUUUGAUUUUAUGGAAACGGAUCUAGAGGUUAUUAUAAAGGAUACUAGUAUUGUGUUGACACAGUCUCAUAUCAAGGCAUAUAUGCUGAUGACCCUUCAAGGAUUAGAAUAUUUGCAUCAGCACUGGAUUCUACACAGGGAUCUUAAACCAAAUAAUUUGUUGUUAGAUGAAAACGGAGUUUUAAAAUUGGCUGACUUUGGCUUGGCAAAAUCUUUUGGAAGCCCAAACAGAGUUUAUACACACCAGGUAGUAACAAGGUGGUACCGAGCCCCAGAACUAUUGUUUGGUGCUAGAAUGUAUGGUGUUGGUGUCGAUAUGUGGGCUGUUGGUUGUAUUUUAGCUGAACUGCUUCUUAGGGUUCCCUUUUUACCUGGAGACUCCGAUCUUGACCAGCUAACAAAGAUAUUUGAAACACUGGGCACUCCAACAGAAGACCUGUGGCCUGGGAUGACAAGUCUUCCAGAUUAUGUCACAUUUAAGUCUUUUCCUGGAAUGCCCCUUCACCAUAUCUUCAGUGCAGCUGGUGAUGAUUUGCUUGAUCUUCUGCAAGGCUUAUUCACAUUUAAUCCGUGCACAAGGCUUACAGCUACUCAGGCAUUGAAACAGAAGUAUUUCAGUAACCGACCAGGACCAACACCAGGAAAUAGGCUGCCAAGACCCAACUGUCCCGGAGAAGUUGCGAAAGAGCAACAAAAUGCACUUUCAAAUUUAAAAAGAAAAAGAACAGAUGGAAUAGAUCAAGGACUACCAAAAAAGCUGAUUUUCUGAUUGCUGUGAGUGGUGGAUGAAAAUAAGUGAAAAUAGCCCAAGUCCCAGUCAUUGAAAGAAAGCUGAAGUAGCCGUCAGAUGGUUAUUUUGUGAUAUUCCAAUACGUAAAAUGUGAAUUUAAUAUUUCCUUGAUGAAACAGUGAUUUUA